CUCCUGUAACGCAUAUUGAGACAAAUUCUCCGCGAAAUCUCGGGGGAAAAAUUCUGCUCCAUACCGAAAAAACAAAGGAGAAGUUGAACAGUUUCUGGGAACGCACGCACACAAAAGACAAGGAAAUGGAAGAACUUGGUCCUCAUGGACACAGAUCUUACUUACUUUAUGGCGCCACUAUGUUCAUCAUUUUAACCCUUGGCCUCAUUGGGAAUUUCCUCACCAUUAUUGUUCUGUUCCACCCGCAACAUCGAACCAAGAGUAUGACUCCUCUUAUGGUAAACCUGUGUAUUGCAGACCUUCUGGUGUGUUUGUUUGGAUACACUGUGGCAGUGAACUACAACACGGCAGAUUUUGCAAACACUGGCAGUGCCCCUGCUCUUUGCUACUGGCUUGCCUUUAUCAACGCAGCCACAGGCCUCGCCUCCAUCGGUACUUUGGCUGUCAUGGCCAUCAUGACAUAUUUGGGUAUCUCUAGAAAUGAGAUCGCACAGCAGAACAGGAUGACAGGCAAGGUAGAGACGAUGCUGCUUACAGGAAUCUGGCUGUACGCAAUUGUGUUGACGAUUCCUCCGGCUUUGGGUUGGAACAAAUUUAUUCCCAUUCCUUCACGAGUAAGCUGCCAUCCUGACUGGUAUUCCCACGACCUCAGCUCCAGGUCUUACAUCAUAUAUCUGGUAACGUUUGGCUUCUUUAUCCCUUUGGUGAUCAUACUUGGGAGCUACGGAGGAAUAUACAGGUGCAUUCGAAACAGCUCAGUGCCCGGGGCAAGUGAGGAAGCUCGGGUGCGGCAAAUACGGUCCAGAAAUAAAACCGUUCGCCUAGUGAUUUCCAUGACUCUGGCAUAUUUUGUAAGCUGGUCGCCGUACUGCAUUGUCAGCGUGAUCGGUACCGCAAUCGGCCACGAAAGUGUCUCCCCUUCCGUGUCUCUUGUUCCUGAGAUAAUGGCAAAGGCCUCUGUGGUCUACAACCCAAUCCUGUACGUGUUGCUUAACGCAAAGUUCCGAGUCACUCUGAUGCAGCUGUUUAGUUGGAGCCGGGUCGGUAAUGCCAUUUCUGAGGACUCCAAUGCUGAUGACAACACAACAGGGGUAAUGGAAAUACAAACAAACUCGCUACGACAUCGAGAUAUGUAAAGUAAUUUUGAUACUACAUCUGAUUAAAUCCGACCAAUACAGUCACGGUCAGACAUUUUCUUAAUGAACUCUUAGAUUUUAACUUUAAAACCUUCACACUUUUUUCACGACAAAGUAAAUAGAAGAGUUGAGGCUCAAUGGUGUAAACAGAUAUCCUCGAUCACUGUUGUCUGACGGGUGUCUGACACUGAAAUGGCCGACGUGAUUACACGAAAUUAGUAUUUUGUCGAUUUGGUAACAAGUAGAACCUUCCACUUUUUGUAGCGCCUUUGCACAUCAAUUUUUGUUUGUCCUGUCGACUGUUUUUGGUUGGUUCGAUUUGUCUGUUUUAUGGAAAAAACCGUUUUGGGUUUAUAUUAUUUGGUUGAUCUUGUUUUUCAACCGUCAUCAAACUAAAUUUGAGCGGUUGAAAAGGCACAAGUAGCCAGCAGUGCCGUUUUCGCGGGCUGACAGAAGUUGACCGUGGGCUUCAGAAGCCGGUUGUGACGCUAACUGUUAACAAAAACAACAUGGCGAGUUACUCGUGCUCUCUUCAUACACUGGAUACGAAGGAUAUAAAUGCUUAUAUUUUACCAUUACUUAUGGGAGUGCACAAAGCACGCCAAAAUCCGACUUCCUUGUUAACUUCCUGGUAAUAGGUAUUCCCAUGGGUAGCACCUUUUAACCGAUACUGCAUGGUGAAGUGAUCCAUUGGGAAACUUCAACUACUUCAGCAUCAAGGGGUUGCGGUUGGAACGAUUGAUCCCAGUUGAACACGAUCUUAGGUUUUAACUUUAUCAUUCCAACCAAAUAGAAUUACGCUAUGGAAUGUAGCUAACGUUAAUCGCAGACGUUCUUUUCAGCGGUUCAUUUGCGCCAAAACAAAGAAAGAAAGAAGGUUUGCAUGGCGUCAGAGGAACGCAAUCAUUCAAUUAGACAACAAGGGAUGCCUUACACGUGGAGAAGAUUGUCAAAUAGUUUAGGCUCAAGGGAACUUGAUAAAAAAAAUAUAGUAUUAGAGAACAUGGAAACUCGUUACCUAGUUAUUAAGGGACGUGGAAGGAACAUCAGAUCACUUAGGAAACAUGAGUUCAAAUCCAACCUCAGCUUAGGAUUCCCACAAGUCUGUUUUGUUCACAUAAAUGAGACCAUGGUAGGCAUAAACAAUGUAGGUUGUAACAGAGAGCCAGCGCUCUUGCUAUAGCUUAUUAAAGAUUUUACAGCAUAUAAGUUUGGUGUAUAGAUAUCAUAUGAGCUAGUAGAGUGAGUUGUAUUUUGCAAUGAUCAAUUCGUGGGCCAAUAUGUUAUGAAAAAGUUUGCGCUAAAGCAUCGAGCAUCAAAACAUUAUUUGGUAACAUACAACUUGGGUAGAUUUGAGUUUAAAAACGAUUAUUAGUUCUUAGAGGUAUUUUUAA